AUGACAGCUCCAAGCCUUGGAGAACUGAACUCUGAAACCCGAAGGGUUGCGCAAUCGCAGCGACCGCAAGGGAGAGACGCCGGGGUCCCGAGCCGGGCUGGGGCGCGGCGCGGGGGGCGCCGGGCGGGCCGCGCUGCCCCCCGUGCGCCUGCCUGCGCGCCCGGGCCAGACCCCCGCCCCGCGCCGCGGAGGCGCCGCCGCGUGCGGGCCCCGAGCCGGGGCGGCGGGGGCCGGGCGGAGGGGCGGGGCGGAGGGCCCGCCGGCUUAUUUCCUCGAGCGCCCGCGCCGCUCGCCCCGAGCCGGGUCCUCGAGGCCGCGCCAGCCGCCGCGUCCAUGCCGCCCCUCCGCCCCGCCGCCGCCCCGUCGCCGCUGCUGGCGCUCGCCCUCGCCCUCGCCCUCGCCCUGCAGGGGGCGGCGGCCGCGGGGCCCGGGGGGCUCCUGCCGCAGGCGGCGCGCGCGGCGCUGCACUUCCUCAACUUCCGCGCGGGCUCGCCGAGCGCCCUGCGAGCGCUGGCCGCCGUGCAGGAGGGCCGCGCCCGGAUUAAUGCAGAGAAGGAAUGUACAGUUGACCUGGUGUUCACCACAGAGCGCCACAACCCAGAGGAAGGUGAGGAACGUUUGGGGAAAUGUUCUGCUCGAGUGCUUUUCAGGAAUCAGAAACCCAGACCGGUCAUUAAUAUAACUUGUACACGGGUCACUGAGAAGAACAAGAGACAGCAAGAGGAUUACCUGCUUUACAAGCAGAUGGAGCAACUUAGAAACCCCUUGGAUGUAGUCAACAUACCUGAUAAUCAUGGACAUAUUGAUCCCUCUCUGCGACCCAUCUGGGAAUUAGCUUUUCUUGGCAGCUCUUACGUGAUGUGGGAGAAGACAACGCAGUUUUUACACUACUACAUGGCACAGCUCAGCAGUGUGAAGCAGUGGAAAACAAAUGAUGGUGCAAUUGAUUUUGAUUAUACUGUUCUACUCCAUGAAUUCUCAACACAGGAAAUCAUCCCCUGUCGUAUUCACUUGGUCUGGUCCCCUGGCAAACCACUUAAAGUGAAGUAUCACUGUCAAGAGCUGCAGGCACCAGAGGAAGCCUCUGGAACUGAAGGAGGAUCAGCUGUGGCACCAACAGAGCUUAGUAAUUUCUGAAAAGAAAAAAGAUCUGUUUAUCCAAAGUCUAAACAAAAUGACUGUACUAAAUAGCCUAAAUUAUUAUUCUAGUAAAAUAGCUAAGGUAUAAGGCAUUCUAAUAAUUUGGGAAACACUGUGAUUACAAGUAGAUAUUCAAAAAUUAAAAAAUGUUGGAAUUUUUCUUUUUCCAUUGGUUUGGUUUUGUUUUUAGCUCUGGGAGCACAUGCACACUGAAUUCUGUUCGGUGUUAAACAGUAACCCCCGCGUUCCUCAGAGUUUCAGUCCUAAAAUGUAAAACCCAGUCAAGUUAGUAUAGGAUGCAACUGGAUCAGGAAGGAUUUAACAAAAGUUGAUGGUCUUACCUCUAAAUCUGCAUUUCUUAUUAUUUUGAACAUAUUGUAGCCAACUAUUUUAUGUUGCUAAAUUGCUUCUACCUAGUAUGUAAAAAAGAUGAUAUAUUUCAAAGAAAGCAAAUUGUAGGGGAAAUAUUACCUGUUUAAAAAGAACUGUACUAUUUUUUAUGAUUUCAAGCAAGUGUUUCUUUUCAACUUGAUAUUUACUUUUAAAUAAAUGUUUACGUUUCUAAAUAAAAUAUUUUAAAUGUGUUUGUA